AUGAAACGGCAGAGUCUUAACUUUGGUGGCACAUCGGACUGGGCGAUCGAUCUUCAAGAAGAGUGGGCUGAUACUCACAACGUUGAUGGUGACGACGAAGGUGAAGACGAUGCCGACUGGGGAAGCUUUGCUAAGUGCAAUAAAAAGUACAACACUGUUGAUGACAUUCCCUCGUCCACGUCCGGUCGCUGCGUUGCUCCGUACAUCUUGGGUAGUCUGUCCAAAGAACUAGCAGUCGCCGUCAAGGACUACAAAGAGGUCUCCAAGGGAUAUGAUGACAAGUUCAAAUGGUAUGUUGAUUGGGUCAAGGAGGGCAUCGACGCAGCGUUGGACACAUUCAUGAAGGUAAAGUCCGGCGAAGGCAACAAGUACAUGGACUGUGAGUGGACUGCGCCGAACAGUAAAGGGUCCGGUCCUUGCACCGAGGUUGAGCUGAGUGUCCCAGUUGGUACUCCUAAAGCUGCCAACAGACGAUUUGUCACGUACAAGAUGCGCGACGAGAAGGGGUUUUACGAGGCACUUCUUGCAAAUCAUGGAAUCGAGAAGAAUUGGGUGGAGUGGAAGGACUAUGCAGACCAUGACGUUUGUAUCUGCCCCAACGGUCCACACGUCCGCGAUGUUGAUGAGAAGGAGCCCAGCCGGUUUGCUGCUGGUCCAAUCUGCCCUUGUGAGGCACACGCAGGUUUCACUAUGCACAAGAACUACCCGCGUCGCAUCCAAGACACUGGCAAGAUCGAUGUUCCUAACCCCAAGUCCAUCAUCGACGAGGCUAUUCCCAAGACUGACGAGCUUUCCGAGCUCCUCAGCAAGUCGUAUAUUGAUGCGCUAAAUGCGGAUCUCGGCGCCUCCACUGACGAUGCGGUCACAGCAUUUAGCAUGCCUGUCUUUAUGCUAGAAGACGCUAUUGAGUCUAUCAAGAAGGUGAAGGAGAUUGGCGAGAAGCAAAAGGAAACCAAGACACGUGAACUGGUCCUCAAUAUCCUCAGCAUCGUCUUCGCAGUCAUUCCCUUCGCCGGAUCAGCUGCGUCAGCUCUCGGUGGUGCGGCGAUGAUUGCCCGAGCGGCACUUAUCAUUGGCGAGGCUGGUAGCGCUGCACUUAGCAUUGUCGAUAUCGUGGAAGACCCAGCGUCUGCUCCUUUUGCCAUUCUUGGUAUGCUCAUUGGUUCCAAGGGCGUGAAGGUUAAAGGCCCCAGAAAGGCCUUCAAGGAUGCCGCCGAUGCUCGACGGGCUCUGAAGGGCAACAAGCUCGAGGCAUUUUCUCCAGAGUUCCGGCGCAAGGACAAAAUUGUGCAGGGUCUUUUGAAGAAGAGCGAGUCAUGCUCUAUCGCUUAG